UCAUUAUCAACAAGUUCCACCAUCGGUUUUAAUAAUAAUAAUAAUCAUCGUCAUCAUAGCAAUAAUAGUAAUUAUAACAACAACACCUCUGCCUCAAUUAAUAACUCACCUACUUCAAGAUGCCUUUAAAUGUUUACCUACACCACAGUAACUCAAUCAUCAACCUUAUACCCAGAACUUUAUCAACAAUCAACACCUCAAUUUCCACCUUUAUCCCUACCAAUACCUCAACAGUAUCAAAAGUCAUCAAUAAACAGUGUCAAUUUAGAAAAGAGUCAACAGCAAUUAACAUCAAGGUCUCCAAUGGACAACAAUACAAUUGCAAAUCAAGAAAUUAUUACCUUUAUAAACAGAGAAUCAAUAAACUCAACAGGUUAUCAACAGAAAAAAAUUCACAACUCAUCUCAACUAAAUCAACAACAACAACAACAACAACAACAUCAUCAUCAAUUAAUUGCUGCCACCACCAUUACCACAAUACAAACCAUUCCCGCCACCAUAAUCAGCACCUCAAAAGAUACAAUCAACUUGAAAUUACCAAUAUUAAAAGAAGAACAGUUAACAAUCAAAAGAUUAACAAAAGAAAAAAAAACUCACAACAUCGAACCAUCUAUAAGAUUAAUUUCCCAUCCAUAUCAAUAUUAUCGAGAAAAAUUUACCUUUAAUCAUGAUAGAUACUUAAUGAGGACAAUCAACAAGUUAUUCACAAUUAACUUAACCUUGUCCUUACUACUUGUUUUAAUACUUUCUACUAAUCUCCCAACAGUACAAUCAACAGUUUCCAAAAACGGUGUCAAUACUUUGUAUUCUCAACGAUUAACAACAUCACCAUCAUCUUCAUCGUCAACCAAUGAUAGUUGCCCAGUUUUCCCAAGUUUCGAUUGGCCACCCGAUUGUCCAGUUGAACCAGUUCUUAAAAUUGGUUAUCUAACCAACAUUUAUGGUCGUGAUAAUCCUAAACGCCAAGCUGAUGAAGUAAAAAAGUUCAUUAAAGAAUUUGUUAACAAUUUUGAAACCACAACUCAAGGCUGGCAAAUUGAUAGCUCACUCGAAUACAAUGUAAUCCAACAAAUUGAGCAACGAUUUCACGCUGGUUAUACUUCUGUAUCUAGAGUGUUAUCCUUACUACUUGUUUUAAUACUUUCUACUAAUCUCCCAACAGUACAAUCAACAGUUUCCAAUGGACAAACUGGAUCAAGUAACUAUCUUAUUCCUCAUCAAUCACUUGAUCAUAACAACAGAAACGGUGUCAAUACUUUGUAUUCUCAACGAUUAACAACAUCACCAUCAUCAUCAUCAUCAUCAUCAUCGUCGUCGUCCAUACAAUCAUCAUCAUCACAAAUUAAUUCUCCUUCUUCUUCAUCAUCUUAUUUUUCACCUGAUCCAUCAGGAAAUGUCACCACCAUUGAAGCCUCAUCUUCAUCGUCAACCAAUGAUAGUUGCCCAGUUUUCCCAAGUUUCGAGUGGCCACCCGAUUGUCCAGUUGAACCAGUUCUUAAAAUUGGUUAUCUAACCAACAUUUAUGGUCGUGAUAAUCCUAAACGUCAAGGUUUGGUCAUUUCCGGUGCCAUUACCUAUGCCAUUGAGAAAAUCAAUUCCAAUUCAAGUUUUCUUAAUGGUACCCGACUUGAAUUCAUUUACAAUGAUACCCUUGGUGAAACUUUAAAAAGUACAGCGGCAAUGUUAUAUCAAUGGUCUAAAGGUGUUAUCGGUUUUAUUGGUCCUGAAGAUUCAUGUGAUGUUGAGGCCACUAUAGCGGCAUCACUUAAGAUUCCAAUGAUUAGUUAUAAAUGUGCUGAUUCCAAGGUUUCCAGGAAAGAUUUUUAUUCAACCUUUGCUCGUACCUAUCCACCUGAUACUCAGGUUAUUAGAUCGGUAAUCGCUCUUCUUGAUUAUUAUAAAUGGAUGAAAUUUUCUAUCAUAUAUGAAACACCUCAAUAUACAAUUGUCGCUAAAAGUUUAGCUCAUCGAGCUGCAUCAGCUCGUUUUAAAAUUAAUUCUGAAAGAUCAUUUGGAAAUUAUUUCGCUUGUUGUGAAGAUAAACAGACUUGCUGUGUCAACCCUUUUCUAUCAAUUAUCGAGGAGACUCAUAAAAGUACACGAAUCUAUGUGUUUCUAGGUGGAAUUCGUGAUCUCAUCAAAAUGCUUCUGGUCAUGGAGAUUAAAAAUUUACUCGAAAAUGGUGAAUACAUGAUAAUUUAUGUUGAUUUUGAAUCUUAUGAGGAGAGUCAUUCAUAUAAGUAUAUUUGGCGAAGUGAAAUGUCCAAAGAUGAUGUUCGAGCAACCCUAGAAGCGGCAAGAUCUCUCCUGGUUAUUGUUCCUUCACCACAGGGUCAAGAUUAUUCUUUCUUCGAGGAUAAGGUUCGAUUCUACAAUGGUCAACCACCUUUCAAUUUUCCCACUCCUUUCGGCGAAAUGAACAUGAAAAAACAUAUCACCAUUUUUGCUUCCUACCUUUACGAUGCUGUAAUGCUUUACGCUGAAGCUCUGGCUUCCAUGUUGGUGGAUAAAGUUUGCCCACGAAAUGGUACUGAAGUUAUUCGUCGCAUUAUUGCUCGUAAACGUUAUCAAUCGGUGACCGGAACUUGGAUGUUAAUAGAUGAAAAUGGAGAUGUUGAGGGUAACUAUACGGUUUUGUCGCUUCUAAAUGCUGGUUCUGUUAUCAAUCUAACGGGAAUUCGUAAUAUAACUUUUCAUCAGUUAAUGUUACCUAUGGGUUCAUUUGAAUACGAUGAGACCAAAAAUCAGACCGUUUUCCGUUUACAUGAAAAAGUUGCUUGGGUCUCAGGAAAACCACCAGUUGAUGAGCCGCCGUGUGGAUUUGAUGGUUCAAAGUGUUUCGGUCCAGAAAACAAUCAACGGGAAAUAAUAGCCGGUAUACUUGCUGGUCUAUUUAUAACAACAUUCCUGAUAACCACGAUUACUUAUCGUAAUUGGAAAUACGAGCAAGAAAUUGCUGGUCUGUUGUGAAGAUAUUCUUGAGAAU